GAAACACACCCGUCAGCAGCGCGCAUUGGAGACUGAAAAAAAAACAAAAAAAACAGCGCAUCACGGACAAAGAAAAUAUGGGCGCGCUGGAGAGGAUUCACCACCGCCGGUACCGACAAUGGCUGAGCCGCUUCUGUUCCAUUCAGCCGGAAUUAAUUUAGCCCACCUUAAUGAGGUGCUGGGACGCGAGGUACUGCAAGCUAAAAAGGCGGAAGGCUGCGUUUGAAACCGUCUGCGGAUCCUAUGAGUUUGCAAUGGAUGUUGCGGGGAUAUGCAACCGGCGAGGGAGCAAUGUGCCUUUUUGUUAUUUUUUGAUAUUCUCCUUAUUUUGUGGCCUUUCGUUCGGACAAUUGCGCUAUUCCAUUACAGAAGAACUGGACAAUGGGGCACUGGUGGCUGAUCUUGCGCAAGACUUGGGGCUGGAUAUUCGAAGGCUGGCCAGCCGGAAAAUCAAGGUAACCUCCAGCAGCAGCAGCAAGCGCUACGUGAUUGUCAACCCUAAAAAUGGCAAAUUGCUUGUUAAUGAGAGGAUCGACAGGGAGGCGCUGUGCGAUGCGUCCAGCAGCUGCCUCAUCAAUCUGGAGGUUCUGGUGGAAAAUCCCACCGAGGUGCACCAUGUUGAGGUGGAAAUUGUGGACGCCAACGAUAAUGCGCCACAGUUCCCUAGGGAGGAGUACCAAGUUGAAAUCACAGAAUCCGCUUUGCCGGGGUCGAGGUACCCGAUUGAAAAUGCCCAGGAUUCCGACAUAGGGUCAAAUUCAGUUCGUUUGUAUCAGCUGAGCACAAAUGACCAUUUUGCGCUGGUAUCCAACAAACCUUCCCUGAACACAAAGCACAUCGAGCUCGUGCUCAAAAAGCCUCUCGAUCGGGAACAGACUGCUUACCACCAGAUCAUUUUGAGUGCUGUUGAUGGCGGGACACCUGAGAAAACAGGCACUGCAAAAAUCAACGUGCGAGUCCUGGAUUCGAAUGACAACGUCCCUAUGUUUGACAACUCCGUAUACAAGGUGAAACUGUUGGAGAAUUCGCCCAAAGACACCCUGGUGAUCAAACUGAAUGCCACCGACCUGGAUGAAGGCACAAAUGGUGAAGUGUACUACUCGUUUAGCAGCUACACUCCUGAGCGAGUCAGGCAGAUGUUCAGCAUGGACACUAAUACAGGAGAAAUAAGAGUAAGGAGAAAUGUUGACUAUGAGGAGACCAACUCGUACGAGAUGUACAUCCAAGCAAUGGACAAGGGUCCAGGGGCAGUGGCGGCACACUGUAAGGUGGUGGUAGAGGUGGUGGACGUGAACGACAACGUCCCUCAGAUCGUGCUGUCAUCCCUGUCAAGUCCUGUGAGGGAGGACGCUCGCGCCGACACGGUCGUGGCCCUGAUCAGCGUCACUGAUCGAGACUCCGGCGCCAACAAGCAGGUGUCUUUAGAGAUCCCGGCAGGCCUCCCUUUCAAAAUCAAGUCCUUUAGAAACUACUACACCCUAGUAACCUCAGCCUUCUUGGACCGUGAGACCAUUGAUGCCUACAAUGUCACACUGAGUGCCACAGAUGGAGGAAACCCUCCUCUUUCCUCUCAGAAGACCAUCCAGGUGGACGUGGCUGAUGUCAAUGACAACCCACCUCGAUUCGAGCAGACGUCAUACACGGUGUACGUGACCGAGAACAAUGGCCACGGGGCCUCUUUGUGUACCGUAAAGGCUCAAGACGCAGACAUCAAGGAGAAUGCACGCAUCACCUACACAGUUCUCAAUGACAAUAACCACGGCAUCCCUGUCACCUCCUAUGUGUCUGUAAAGGCCGAUACUGGCGAGGCUUAUGCCCUGCGAGCCUUCGACUAUGAAUCACUGAGAGAGUUUCACUUCCAGGUCAAAGCCCAAGAUGGGGGCAUUCCUCCGCUUAGUCGCGUCGCCACCGUCUACAUCUACAUAAUGGAUCAGAAUGACCACGCACCACUCAUCGUCAACCCUCCGGGUAAUGGCACACGCUCCUUAGAGACUGUUCAAAAGAACGCGGAUUCUGGUGCCUUGGUGACCAAAGUGGUGGCAUAUGAUGCGGAUGCCGGUCCAAACGCCUGGCUGGUUUACAUGCUCGAAACCGCCACUGACCUGGACUUGUUUAAGGUGCACGAACACACAGGUGAGAUCAGGACCACUCGUAGGAUCCUGGAAGAUAACUCAACCUCGUUUGCGCUAACGGUCUUGGUGAAGGACCACGGACAGCCUGCGCUCUCCUCCACCGCCACCAUCAAUGUGGCUGUCAUGGAGGUGCCCCCCAAAGUGGUCCCUGACCCCAAGAGGAUCAUUCGACCUCACAGCACACUGCUUUUCUCAAACGUGACCCUCUACUUGAUCGUCGCUUUGAGCGCCACCACCUUUGUUUUCCUGGUCACCGUGGUGGUGCUGGCAAUUGUCCGCUGCCAUGCCUACUGCACCCAACCGGGGUCCUGCUCCCCUUGCUGUGGGUCACAGAAGCCACCUCCUGAUGGCGGCAACAGUAGCGUGAGUGCUGGUGGCCCCGGCGGUGGUGGUGGAGCCGCAGGGCAACCUAAUAAUAAUGUGGUACUCCGGAGGGACCUUAAAGUUGAGCCUCACUACAUCGAAGUGCGCGGAAAUGGCUCGCUAACAAAGACUUACUGCUACAAGACCUGCUUGACGGCCACCUCCGGCAGUGACACCUUCAUGUUCUACAACACAGGACGACCCAUCAGUGGCACCUGGGGCAGUGGCGCUGACCGUUUCUUCACUAGUGGAAGUGGAUUUGUACGCAGACUGAGCAUGCCUGAUGCUUCGCUGCAAAUCUGCCCAGAGCCAAAAGCCCCAAAUGCUGACUGGCGAUAUUCUGCAUCUUUGAGGGCCGGGAUGCAGAGUUCGGUCCACAUGGAGGAGGCCUCUGUGAUGCAGGGUGCCCAAGGCAUGCUGGUCCAGAAUUGGCCCACUGUGUCCAGUGCUGCAGAUGGAGAGGGUGGCGGCGAGCUUUCUCCCCCAGUAGGUGCCGGUGUCAACAGCAACAGCUGGCACUUCCGUUACGGAGCGGGACAAAGCUAUGGCCCACCGCAGGCGCUGAAGCCCGGCGAGAUCCCUCCAGAAGCCUUCAUCAUUCCCGGAUCCCCCGCCAUCAUUUCUAUCCGCCAUGACCCCGGCCCUGUUGACGAUAAAGGUGACUUCAUAAGCUUUGGCAAGAAGGACGAAGCCAAGAAGAAGAAAAAAAAGAAGAAGGAUAAGAAGGAAAAGAAGGAUAAAGGAAAAGAUGAAGAAGAAUAAGGAGAGUUGAAUUGAAGCCAACCAAUUACAGAGCCAGAAAAAAAGCCAAAUUGAUAUCGUAUAAUUGCAGAAUAUGCAUUAAAUACCAUAUUUACACAGUAUUGUUGCCAUUCAGGCUUUAGGCUCUUUGCGGAAAGCAAAACUGCGAAUCAAAUGCUUUUUCUCUCGUUUGGCUCAUUUGGCCUUCGACUUUAACCAGUAGAAGUUCAUUCUAUUCAAAUGCAUUUUAUGCGAUCAGUAUACGCUGUGAAUUUAUUCAACCCCCGAGUUUGUAUAAUGAAAACCAAAACAGCAAAAAAAAAAAAAAAGAGCAAUUUGUAUUUGAUUAUUGCCAGCACGCCAUGCUGGGUGCUAAGUGAAAGCCAAACUGAAAAAUGUGACCUUUUUUUUUGUCUUCAGUAAUACAUAGUAAUUCUGCAAAUGUUGGUAUUUUGUAUAAAAGGGAAAAAAACGAACAAGAAACACGUGAUAUGUGGACCGUAAAAUGAGCACCUUAUAGAGAAUAAGGUGGCUGAGGCACGCAAGAUGACCGUACAGCUUUCUUUCGGUGUAACAGCACAUAAACGCGCAGCAGCGUCCAAAACACGCAAACCCCCAAAAACAUGUGUAAUAUUGGGAAAACACAACAGAAGUACGAUGAAACCAGAAGUUAGCAUGCUACUACAAAUGAUAAUGAUAAAUGGGUUAUACUUGUAUAGCGCUUUUCUACCUUCAAGGUACUCAAAGCGCUUUGACAGUAUUUCCACACACACAUUCACACACACAUUCACACACUGAUGGUGGGAGCUGCCAUGCAAGGCACUAACCAACAGCCAUCAGGAGCAAGGGUGAAGUGUCUUGCCCAAGGACACAACGGACGUGACUAGGAUGGUAGAAGGUGGGGAUUGAACCCCACUAACCAGCAACCCUCCGAUUGCUGGCACGGCCACUCUACCCACUUCGCCACGCCGUCCCCCUGUCCAUUGGAAUGAGGCGUCAACGCGACCGCCAUCUAGAGCAGGGGGAGGCCAGAGCUUUUUACCGUAUUAGCCAACUGAGACAGAGGUAUACACUAUAUUGCCAAAAGUAUUUGGCCACCUGCCUUGACUCACAUAUGACUUGAAGUGCCAUCCCAUUCCUAACCCAUACGGUUCAAUAUGAUGUCGGUCCACCUUUUGCAGCUAUUACAGCUUCAACUCUUCUGGGAAGGCUGUCCACAAGGUUGCGGAGUGUGUUUAUAGGAAUUUUUUACCAUUCUUCCAAGAGCGCAUUGGUGAGGUCACAUACUGAUGUUGGUAGAAGGCCUGGCUCUCAGUCUCCGUUCUAAUUCAUCCCAAAGGUGUUCUAUCGGGUUCAGGUCAGGACUCUGUGCAGGCCAGUCAGGUUCACCCAAACCAAACUCUGUCAUCCAUGUCUUUAUGGACCUUGCUUUGUGCACUGGUGCACAGUCAUGCUGGAAGAGGAAGGGGCCCGCUCCAAACUGUUCCCACAAGGUUGGGAGCAUGGAAUUGUCCGAAAUGUUUUGGUAUCCUGGAGCAUUCAAAGUUCCUUUGACUGGAACUAAGGGGCCAAGCCCAACUCCUGAAAAACAACCCCACACCAUAAUUCCUCCUCCUCCAAAUUACACACUCCUACUACUUCAUGGCUGAGUUGCUGUUGUUCCCAAACUCUUCCAUUUUCUUAUAAUAAAGCCGACAGUUGACUUUGAAAUAUUUAGGAGUGAGAACAUUUCACGACUGUAUUUGUUGCACAGGUGGCAUCCUAUGACAGUUCCACGCUGGAAAUCACCGAGCUCCUGAGAGCGGCCCAUUCUUUCACAAAUGUUUGUAGAAACAGUCUCCAUGCCUAAGUGCUUGAUUUUAUACACCUAUAGCUGGGCCAAGUGAUUAGGACACCUGAUUCUCAUCAUUUGGAUGAGUGGCCAAAUACUUUUGUCAAUAUAGUGUAUCAAGUAAAAUGUUGACGCCAGUCAGAUGCACAUCGGUCUAAUUAGUCUGACAAAACCCCUGCUCAAGAUAGCGGGUGUUGACGUGCCUGACAAGCAUAAAGGCGGCAUCCACGUUUUCAUAUCUAUUCGCCCUAAAGGGAGCGAUAUGCAAAUACAUGAGCCGAAUGUCCAGAAAAAGGUUGGCGUUGGUGUGAAAAUGUAUUUCUCUUAGAUUGUUUUGAACAAUAUUAUGGAGCUACCAAUUUAAAGCCCCACUUAAGAACUUUCCGUUUUGGUUGAGUUUGGCGGCGUCAGUGGACCAAAGCGGUAGUGUUUUGCCUGAAGGAAGACCACAUUUCUCAUGAAGACCAGCGCAUAGGGUUAGUCAGUCAGUAUGACCGAUCUUUCCACAGGAGGAACCUCCAUAUUUUACUCAAACUUUAUAUUUGCAGUUUGCAGUCAUCGCAUUGUUUUUUCUUGAUAAAGUACUUUUGAGUUUGUUGAGUGGCUGGUCGUGUCAGUGUGGAACUACGAACUAUCAAGCCAGUGGCUAUUUAUUGCUACCACGCAAAUUUCUGACAGCUAAUGAUAGCAUUAUCGUUUUGACUUGAGUAUCAAAAGGUAUUUAUUAAUAAAGCAGUAACAGAGCCAAGGCAGCAUUGGUCUGAAGUCCCUCCUCGUCUUUGAGCGAAAGCCGGGCCAAUGCCUGUCUUCUUUAUUUGUUCGUCUCUUCAGACAAAACUUUUCGUUUCUUUGGUUGUUUUGCAGUUUCUGCGAUGAUAGGAGUAAUUGCAUGUAGGCGUUUGCAUCGACUUAGCUCUUUGUAACAAAUGGGGAAGGCAGGAGUGACGUAUGCCGUAAAGCAAGUCAGCACAUUUGUAGUUUUUUGUGUGGCAGGGUUCCUGCCACCCCCCUCAAAGUUGCUUAGUGCCAGUGAAAGCGAAACAGACCCCCUCAGGACAUGACAGAGGUGUCAUUCAACCAGUUCUAAGUCCAUGUAUCAUCCCAAAAAGUUAUUAAGAUAUUUUAUGAAGGUUAAAAAGUUACUUAGUGAUGCUUUAAUGGGUUGUGUUUUCCCCAUAUUGCAUGUGUUUUGGAUGUUGCUGUCCCCGUCAGCCACACUAGUCAAGGGCCUACGCUGGGUUACACCAACUAUGCGAAGGUUAGAUCACAGGUUACAUUAGUGGCUUGUUAGAAAACUACAACAUUUGAUUGUAUUGUAAUUGUUAAGGGACAUACCAUGGCUAGAGUUAGGUUUAGCAUUAAGACGAUAGAUAAAUAUGGAAUGAGCAAUGGUCACCAGUCACUGUGAGGAUAUUGGUUUGAUAAUAUUGAUCCUCAAAGGAUGAGACCAUGAGGUUUAAUAUGAGUUUUUGUAUUUUUGUAAUUCCAUCCUCUGCAACUCGGUUGCGCAUUUUAAAGUACACCAUUGUACACCGUCCUGAGAGCUAGUGUCCUCUGCAAUGGACACCCGGUUUUGUUAUUGUUUUCACACUUUUUUACUUAAGUGAAACGAUUUUUAUACUUUUUUAAAUCAAACAUUAAAUUUGAUGCAUGUUAUGUACUAAAACAAAUCAAUGGGAAAGAAAUUGUUGAAUAAUCAUUUGUUUUGGUGAUCAUUAAAACAUACAUUUGUAAGCCAUCCAAAAUCAACUCCGAUCCACAUUCUAACCCAGUCUUUCAAGACAAGCACUGAGGCUGUAUAUGGGGACAUUUGUCAUUAUAUUAUUAUCAAUGACGGAGCAGGAAGUGACUAAGCUAAGCUGGUUUGCGGUAACAUGUCAUAUGUAGCGCCAUGUCAAUCAUUAAUUGACAUUUUAUGUACUCUUCUUUAAACAAAACGAUCAGCAUAUAAAUGUACAUUGCAGAGGGCGCUGGUUCUCAGGAGGGUGUGGGCAAUGAUGCAAUCUCAAAAUCGUGUCCACCCCAUAAAAGUCAAUGUGACAUUUGGUCUAAUUGUUAAUUAAGUCAGACCAUUUCGGAAUAUGAGGAAAAUAUAUAUAUAAAAAAACAUUUAAGAUGGUUAUUCUGGCCAGAAUGAUGGUGGACAUUUUUGGUGUGAAUCUUUACAUGGAACAAAUUGAAUGAGAACUUGAUGGUACUUUGGAAAGAAAAAAAAAGUACACGUGAUUUGUAGAAACAUUCAAAAUAUCCUUUAGGAAAUCAUUGUAAAUGGGGGGGGGGGAAAGGAUGAACACUCUUUAAUAUUAGUGAGUACAAUUGUGUGACUUGGUAUCAUUUGCACCGGCUUUGUUGUUCGCUUAACUAUUUUAUUGUCGCCGCUUGUACUCUAGUGAUGCAGUGUUAACUGGGGAACAUACGUCAUGUGCAGCUGAUGCAAUUGCCACCUGACCAUUUGCCUCUUUUCUUGGAAUAUAGUGCAGCGCAGCGUCUCCACCCCGAUCUGAGAUGCACAUAACUAUGAACAAACUAUUUUCCCUCUCCAUACACUCUGUAAAAGGUACUGAUGGACGUUACAGCAUUCUUGAUGAUGAGAGUGCGUCGCACGGCUGUAUAGUGGCAACGUCAAGCCUGGUACCUCUACUUAUAAAUAAAUAAAUGAUAAAUGGGUUAUACUUGUAUAGCGCUUUUCUACCUUCAAGGUACUCAAAGCGCUUUGACAGUAUUUCCACAUUUACCCAUUCACACACACAUUCACACACUGAUGGCGGGAGCUGCCAUGCAAGGCGCUAACCAGCAGCCAUCAGAGGCAAAGGGUGAAGUGUCUUGCCCAAGGACACAACGGACGUGACUAGGAAGGUAGAAGGUGGGAAUUGAACCCCAGUAACCAGCAACACUCCGAUUGCUGGCACAGCCACUCUACCAACUUCACCACGCCGUCCCGUUACUUCUGUUUUUGAAUGUUAAGUAGAUGUUCCUCUCUAGCCCAUCACCACUUGUAGGACGUGCUUGGCUCCUCUUCCCGCUAAUCGACUGUCGGGAAUAACAUUACUACUUGAAAGUCACUCCCCAUAUGGACUGUGCAAGAAUAGCACAUCUUUGCAUACUCAUAAACAUAUUCAUAAACAUAGGACACACAUCAAACAUACAGUGGUACCUCAACUUAUGAUCUUAGUUGGGUCUGUGAUGGUGCUCUUAACUCAAAACACUUGUAUAUCAAAUCUCCCAUUGAAAUGAACUGAAAUGAAUUUAAUCUUUGCUAUGCCCUCUCCCCCAAAACACAUUUUAAAAAGAAAAACAAACUUUUAGAUAUGAAAUAUUGUAUAACAACAAAACAAUAGAAUGUAGUACAAACAACUACAGUAGUUUUAUGAAGUAAUGUAAUAAUAAUGUACAGUAUUUACAGUACCUUGGAGAGUGGACUUUGACGGUAUCUCCUUCCAGCUGCUACUCCGUCAAAUACAUCAUCUGCAGCUUUUCCAUAUUUUCAUGGAUAAAAGUCUGCCGUUUAAAUGUUAUUUUAACACUCUUCGCUGGCAUUCUGCUUCAGUAUGGUGAAGCAGUGAUAUGCUCAAAGUGCUAAAUAAUAUGUUUGAUGAUUUCUUUCUUUAAUUCAAUUAAUAUCAUCCACUUCUUUUUCCCAGCAUUGUCCUUCAAAUUCACUUUCUUCCUUCCCAUGCUUGGAAAAUGCUAGUGGGUAAGACCAGAUGUUUUGGGCGGGUUAACGAAGGUAUUUUCUACGCCAACGAAUUAGGGAUGCCUGUAACUCAAGUUUUUGCUUGCAUAAGAGCGCUUAACUAAAAACACUCUUAAGUUGAGGUACUACUGUACACAUCUUUGUGAUCAUUUCUUGGUUUUAAUAUUGUGCUUUUUUGGGGGGGAUACAACGCUAAAUGAGGGUUUGUGUUGCUUCAACUUACGGGAUCCAUGUUUGGUUUUUGGCCAAGUUGAGGCUCUUAAUCAGGAAAAUUAUAACAAAUAGAAAGAAUGACAUGAUGUCAAAUGUAGUUGAUGAUGCAGUUUUUGACGGAAGGCCUUUAUUAAUUGCACAACACCAGAAUUCUCUAGCACAGUGAUUCUCAAACUGGUACGUGGGCUCCAUCUCGCGGUAUGCCAAAGAAUCACUUAAUUCAAUCUUAAAACACAGUGUUACUGUUCAAACUGUGUUUAAUGUUACAGUAGACACAAAUAUUGAAAACGCUUGUUAAAUAAAACCUCUGCCUUGUUUUUAAUGAAUAUGUUAUUGUUGGUCAUGAUGGUGGUACUUGGAGAGCCAGGUGUCUUCUGAGGUGGUACUUAGUGGGAAAAGUUUAAGAAGCACUGCUCUAGCAUUACUUUUGCUGAAUUUUGGCAAACAAGCAGUAGUUUUUAUAAACUGUUUGAGACGUCCAUGAAGAAAUCAUUGUAGCUCAUUGUGAACUGUACAGUAAAACACUUUAUUUUGCCCAAAUAUUUGAGAAAAUCAUGUUGGAGCAUAUAUUGAGCUGCAGGCAUUGGAACUGGACAUUUGUCAUCUCAUGUUAGUGUUCCUUUUCUAGACCCAUCCAAUUUCUAGCCUAUCUGGCUCAAACCCAACCAUGCUCACACGUCUUUGUCCCCGUCCGUCCGUCAGGUGUUCUCCUGUGCUGUUAGAUCACCAAGUGACUGCUUGCAUGUUAUAAGCAAAGGAAACAGAUAUUAUAUAAAUACUAUAUAUAACUAAAAAUGUUUUAUUUCACCAGUAAAUGUGUACUGAAACCACAAACCUGCGAUACACUUCCAUCCACGCAUACUGUGAACUCCAACAGUACUGCAAAUUGUGGCAAAAACCUAAAAGUAUCACAUUUUUCUACUUCUGUAAAUUCCAAUAAUGCUUUUGUGUAUUGUUAUGAAUUGCCUUUUGGGGUUUCUAUUUGCGCGUAUGAUUUUCAUAGAUAAGAAAAUCAACCCUUAAACUUGUGUUACGCUUUGAAAUGAUGAUCAAACAAACACUAUUGUGAACUCAUGUACACCCUCCCCCCAUGUCUAUUCCAUGCUUAAUAGAGACAAAAACGUAAGAAAAAAGAUGAUAAAAAAAAUUUUUCAAAAUACAUAAAAAGUAAAAAAAAUUAACAAAGUUGAUGUUUUCUCUGCUUGUGUAUAGUGAAUGUUUGUCAGUCACUGGGUGUGGCAAUGGUUGGCACAUGCUAGUCGACUGUGACAGUGCAGAUCUGUUAAUAAACUUAUUUUGUACACCUGCUUAUUGUUGAGGUGAUAAUAGUGCUUCUAAAGAGUUCAUCAACCUGGUAAUGUGUUUUGUUAAGUCACAAAUAAAGUUUUUCUUAAAUAUC